UCGCCGUCAACUGCGACCACCAAAUCAUCUGUUCUUUAUCACCCAAUUGACAACAUCGCCGUCAACUGCGGCUCCUCCGGCAACUCUACUGCAGUAGAUGGCUGGCAAUGGACCGGAGAUAUCGGUUCGAGUUACACCCCUUUAUUACGUAGUAACGAAGGAAAAUUGAUUAGCUCAAAAGCCACUAGCCCACCACUUUCUCCUGAUCCAGUGCCUUACACGUUGGCCCGGCUCUCCCGUUGGCCUUUCACAUAUGCAUUCCGAGUCUCCCCGGGCCAAAAGUUCAUCCGCCUAUAUUUCUAUCCAGCUACAUACCGGGGUGGUUUUAAACGGUCUAAGGCCUUUUUUACUGUAAAAGCUGGUCCAUAUACCCUUCUUAGCAACUUUAGUGCUUCCCUUACAGCUGAUGCUUCAGGCUUGGACUCUCUUGUUAAAGAGUAUUGUGUGAAUGUGGAAGAAAAUCAGCCACUGAUCAUAAGGUUCUCUCCAUCAUUUGGUGGUUCUUCUGAUGAGGAAUAUGCUUUUGUCAAUGGGAUCGAAAUCGUCUCGAUGCCGGCUGGACUUUAUCAUACACAAGAGGGUGAUGCAGGUGCACAUGUUGUCGGCCAGAAUUUUUGACUCCCAAUUGAUAAAAGCAUUGCACUCGAGAUGGUGCAUCAGUUAAAUGUUGGUGGAACAUCCAUCUCAUCCAUAGAAGAUACAGGUUUGUUUCGUGAUUGGU